AUGCUGAUGGAAAGAUUCGACCAAAUUCUUAAAGAGUUGCCCACUUUAGCAGCUCCUGGUGUGUCUGGUUCCCGUAUUAAGGAAUUGUCUAACAUUGCUUGUACAGACUUUGACAAGGAAAAAGAAAGUAAGAUUGUUGCUGCGCUUUAUUCUAGUUGUAAAUCAGCUGCUCCUUCGCAUAAAUUAGGUACUUUGUAUGUGGUUGAUUCAGUCACUAGAAAAUUAAAAGAUGGUGCUGUUGCAUCAAAUGAAACCAUUGAUGCAUCUGCUCCUGAUGGAACUUUUGCAUCAGCUGUUUACAAAAUCGGUCAGUUGAUUGAAAGUUUAAUGGAUGAUGCUUUGGAAUAUUUAUUGGAUCCAGCAACUAUCAAUAAGAUCAAUAAAUUGGUGGAAAUUUGGGAAAAGAAUCGCACAUUUAAUGCAGAUAUCUUGAAAAAAAUUAAGGACAAACAUUUCAAGUCAACCACUCCUCCAGGAUCUCCACCAAAGUCAAGUGUUGAACCAGUUAAACCUACCUCUGAGCCCAAAGAUUCUAACAGUAUUUUACUGGCUUUGGCUUCCUUGGCUAAGGGAGAUGCAGAGAAUACUACAGCAGAAUCAAGCUCUAAUUCUGCUCCUUCAGUAUCAACACACACAAAUGCUACUGGUGCGAAUGAUACCGCUAGUUUGUUGGCAAAUUUGGCGGCAGCUUCUGCUGGCCAAUCACAACCACCACAACAACAACCAUCAGGUCAAUCUAAUGAUCAACAAGCUAUAUUUAGCAUGUUGCAACUGCUACAAGGUGGAGCUGCAGGACCAACUUCCCAACCAUCAAGUGGUGGUCACUCAUCAGGUGGAAUCGAUGAUUAUGGUUCAGGAAGACGUGGUGGUAGUCGUGAUCAAACGAACAAGAGAAGCAGAUCCAGGUCCCCUACAAGACAUGUUAAAUCCCCAGCUGCUGCUUCCUCGGUACUUGCUUUGCAACAGAAUAUCCAGAACUUGAAACAACAACAAGCUGCUGCCGCUGCUGCUAAUCAAGGAUACCAAGCAAAGUCCCCACCACAACAAUAUCAACAAAAUCAUAAUAGGAAUAAUGCUCCUCAGCAGUUCAACACAGAUCCAGCUUUUGUCCCUCCAUCAGCUAUGAAUGGUGAAAUGAACCUUCCAGGAACACCUCACUACCGUCCAAGAAAUGUUGGUUUCGAUGCAAGUGUACCACAAGGUACAAUCAAGGUCUUGUCAAGAACUUUAUUCAUAGGUGGUGUCCCCAGAAAUAUGGACGAAAGGGUUUUGGCACAAGUCUUGAGACCUUUUGCAGAAAUCCAGUCAGUUAUUUUGAACAGUGAAAGAAAACAUGCUUUUGUGAAAGUGUAUUCAAGAAAAGAAGCAGAGCAGAUCAUUACUUCUUUUAACAAAGAUAACUCAUUGCCAUUGAGAACUCGCUGGGGUGUUGGAUUUGGCCCUAGAGAGUGUUGUAAUUACCAACAUGGUAUUUCGAUCAUACCAAUAGAAAGGUUGACUGAUGCUGAUAGGAAUUGGGUGGUUAAUGCGCAAUGGGGAGGUACCGGUGGUCAACCAAUAUCGAGUGGUAUGGUUAUCGAUGAGCCAGAUAUUGAAAUUGGAGCUGGUAUAUCUUCAAAAGCCAUGUCCAAGAAGAUGCCCACAAACUCGGCAAGAAAUGGACCUAAAUCAAACAGACCAGGUGAGCCAGAUGAAGAAUUUGUAAAGACAACACUACUCCCUAACCAACAAGUUCAAAUGAGCCAUGGAGCUCUGCCGGGAUUCAACACGUAUCAACAAUCAUCAGUCAAUCCAUUACAAGGAUUGUUUGGAAACAGCCCUUCUCCGCAACAACAACAGCAACAGACAUUCCCUCAAAGUCAACAAUUUCCAUCAUACCCACCACAAGGACAAGGACAGCAACCUCUUGGUAAUAACUUCCCAUCUAUGCUGCAAGUGCCAAAUAUGCAAGGAAUGCCAGGGAUGCCAAAUCCAACUCAAUUUCCACCAGGUGUAGCUGAAAUGUUUAUGCAAAUGAUGCAACAACAACAGCAGCAACAGCAACCCCCACAUUAA